GCGGAGAAAGAAACGAAACACUACGUCCUGUCGAUGUUUUGUUUGUUCAUUUUGUAUUCUUGUCAUUAACACUCCUAAUGUUGUAUUUAUAUUUAUUUACACCACAACAUGGUUGACUUCUCAAAUUCGAUAACAGCGGUUCUGAAAGUACGAUAAAUCACAGCUUUAUGUUAAUAUCAAUGCGCUCGUUCUUAUACAUACGUUACCGUUUCUAUAGCAACAGCUCAUUCGCGGGGACUUGUACAGCUGACGCUUCACAUAAAAAGCAGGUGUAAUCGUUGAUGUGAAGUUUUCUGUAAGGAGACGUUUACUUACCAUUUAUGGAAGGAGUCUCCAGUGUCAGAGCUUCGUAACAGUCAGAGGUAAAGCUGUAACGUUAAGUUUUGCGACAUCUUCAGGACAGAGGAGGUUACGCUUUUUUGUGGUAACAUGACAAGCUGCGUUUUUUGUUUUUUGCCUCAUUACCUUCAAGAGAGAGAGAAAAGAGAGGCUGGUGAGGGAACGAGUGUUUAUAGCUGCUAUAACUAAUCAUGACAAGCGCUACGUCCCCCAUCCUGCUGAAAUGGGAUCCUAAGAGUCUGGAGAUCCGCACUCUGACCGUGGAGAGGCUGCUGGAGCCGCUGGUCACGCAGGUGACCACUCUGGUGAACACCAGUAACAAAGGACCAUCCAGUAAGAAGAAGGGACGCUCUAAGAAGGCCCACGUCCUGGCCAUGUCUGUAGAGCAGGCCACGCAGAACUUCCUGGAAAAGGGCGAGCAGAUCGCCAAGGACAGCCAGGACCUGAAGGAGGAGCUCAUCACCGCUGUGGAGGAAGUCCGUAAGCAAGGUGAGAGUAUGCGUGUGGCCUCCUCAGAGUUCGCUGAUGAUCCGUGUUCGUCAGUGAAGAGAGGAACGAUGGUUCGAGCUGCUCGCGCUCUCCUCUCCGCCGUCACUCGCCUCCUCAUCCUCGCUGACAUGGCCGACGUCAUGAGACUGCUCGCUCACCUCAAAAUCGUGGAGGAGGCUCUCGAGGCAGUGAAAAACGCCACCAAUGAGCAGGACCUUGCUAACCGCUUUAAGGAGUUUGGGAAGGAGAUGGUGAAGCUGAACUACGUCGCUGCUCGCAGACAGCAGGAGCUGAAGGAUCCUCAGUGUCGGGACGAGAUGGCGGCGGCUCGCGGGGCUCUGAAGAAAAACGCCACCAUGCUGUACACGGCGUCUCAGGCCUUCCUGCGGCACCCGGACGUAGCGGCCACUCGCGCCAACCGAGACUACGUCUUCAAACAGGUGCAGGAGGCCAUCGGGGGAAUCUCCAGCGCCGCCCAGGCCACGUCCCCCACCGAGGAGAAGCACGGGCACGCCGGCAUCGGAGAGCUGGCCGCCGCCCUCAACGAGUUCGACAAUAAAAUCAUCCUGGACCCGCUGACGUUCAGCGAGGCUCGUUUCCGACCUUCUCUGGAGGAGCGUCUGGAGAGCAUCAUCAGCGGCGCCGCCCUCAUGGCCGACUCGUCAUGCACGCGCGAUGACCGCCGCGAACGCAUCGUGGCCGAGUGCAACGCCGUGCGUCAGGCGCUACAAGACCUGCUCAGCGAGUACAUGAACAACACGGGAAGGAAAGAGAGAGGUGACCCUCUGAACUCUGCCAUUGACAAGAUGACUAAGAAGACCCGGGACCUGCGCAGACAGCUGAGGAAGGCCGUGAUGGACCACAUCUCCGACUCCUUCCUGGAGACUAACGUACCUCUACUGGUCCUCAUUGAAGCAGCCAAGAGCGGCAAUGAAAAGGAGGUGAAGGAGUACGCCCAGGUCUUCCGUGAGCACGCCAACAAACUUGUCGAGGUGGCUAAUCUGGCAUGUUCCAUUUCCAACAACGAGGAAGGGGUGAAGCUGGUGCGCAUGGCCGCUACACAGAUCGACAGCCUGUGUCCUCAGGUGAUCAACGCUGCCCUGACGCUGGCGGCUCGUCCCCAGAGCAAGGUGGCUCAGGACAACAUGGAUGUGUUUAAAGACCAAUGGGAGAAGCAGGUGCGCAUUCUGACCGAGGCUGUGGAUGACAUCACCUCUGUUGAUGACUUCCUGUCUGUGUCAGAGAACCACAUCCUGGAGGAUGUGAACAAGUGUGUGAUAGCUCUGCAGGAGGGGGAUGUGGACACGCUGGACAGGACAGCGGGGGCGAUCAGAGGUCGCGCCGCUCGUGUGGUUCAUAUCAUCAACGCCGAGAUGGAGAACUACGAGCCGGGAGUGUACACCGAGCGAGUCCUGGAGUCCAUCAAGCUGCUGUCUGAAACUGUUAUGCCCCGCUUCGCUGAGCAGGUGGAGGUCGCCAUUGAAGCUCUGAGCACCAACCCGCCUCAGCCCUUCGAGGAGAAUGAGUUCAUCGACGCCUCGCGUCUGGUCUACGAUGGAGUGCGUGACAUCAGGAAAGCUGUCCUCAUGAUACGGACCCCUGAAGAGCUGGAGGAUGACUCUGACUUUGAGCAGGAAGACUAUGACACCCGGAGCCGUACCAGCGUCCAGACUGAAGACGAUCAGCUCAUUGCUGGCCAGAGUGCAAGGGCCAUCAUGGCUCAGCUCCCUCAGGAGGAAAAGGCGAAGAUCGCUGAGCAGGUGGAAAGCUUCCGGCAGGAGAAGAGUAAGCUGGAUGCUGAGGUGGCCAAGUGGGAUGACAACGGCAAUGAUAUCAUCGUGCUGGCCAAGCAGAUGUGCAUGAUCAUGAUGGAGAUGACAGACUUCACCAGGGGAAAAGGCCCACUGAAGAACUCGUCUGAUGUGAUCAAUGCUGCUAAGAAGAUCGCAGAGGCCGGAUCCAGAAUGGACAAACUGGCCCGAGCUGUGGCUGACCAGUGUCCUGAUUCAGCUUGUAAGCAGGACCUGCUUGCUUACCUGCAGAGAAUCGCCCUCUACUGCCAUCAACUCAACAUCUGCAGCAAAGUCAAAGCCGAAGUCCAGAACCUCGGAGGAGAGCUCAUCGUCUCAGGGCUGGACAGCGCUACAUCCCUCAUCCAGGCAGCCAAGAAUCUGAUGAACGCCGUGGUCCUGACGGUCAAGGCCUCAUACGUGGCUUCCACCAAGUACCAAAAGGUGUACGGAACAGCAGCAGUCAAUUCUCCCGUAGUGUCAUGGCGCAUGAAGGUGCCCGAAAAGAAGCCACUCGUGAAGAGGGAGAAGCCUGAGGAGUGUCAGACCCGCGUGCGCCGAGGGUCGCAGAAGAAACACAUCUCACCAGUCCAAGCCCUCAGCGAGUUCAAGGCCAUGGACUCUUUUUAAAUCUACAGGCGGCAAAAAAAAGUUCCAAGGAUCCAACCCCUCAAACUCUUCAAACUCCUCCUGACUUUUCCCUCUCUCUCUUUUCUUUCUUUCCCAUCUCCUGUUUGCGGCUUCCUGUAUCCCAUUCCACGUAGAGGCAAAGGUUCUUGCCGUGGAUACUCUCAAUUUUCUUUCUGGAGAACAAAGUGCAUUGCACCACAAAACCAAGACACUUGGAGGAGAGGGGCAUGUGUUUACUCUUGGAGCUUCAGUGCCAUUCCUGUGGUGUUUGUUAGUUACCAGUGUUAAUUACUGACUAGCCUGACUAGCCAUAUUUACACAGAUACUACAGAGCCCUGCUGCUGACAUCCCUACUUAAAAAAAAUGCAUGGCCAUGACAUAAAUAAGGCAUGGGAAUGAGAUAAGUCAAGGGAACAAGACAAGUAAGUCAUAGUCCUGACUUAGUAACAAGAGAGAAUGAGAAUUACAUCAUGGCCACGACUUCAUAACUCAAGGGAAUAAGAUAAUUAAGUUGUGGCCUUGUUCUCUCAAGUUACAAAGUCAGUGUCACAACUUAAUCUUUAUCUCAUUUCCCUACGUUACAAAGUAAUGCCCAUGACUUAAUUAUCUCAUUCUUUUGAGUUAUGAAAUUAUGGCCACUUCAUUUUCUUGUUCUCUCAAGUUACAUAGUUGUGGUCACAAGUCAAUUAAUUCAUUCCCUUGAGUUAUGAAGUCAUGGCCGUGACUUAAUUCUCUCGUUUUCUCAAGUAACAAAGUUGUGGUCAUGACUUAAUUAUCUUGUUUCCUCAUGUUACAAAUUCAUGGCCAUGACUUGAUUAUCUCGUUUUCUUGAGUUACUAAGUUAUGGCACUGACUUAUCUAUCUUGUUCAAGUUACAAUGUCAUGGUCACACAUUAUUAUUAUUAUUAUUAUUGUUUUUAAAUAGGGAUGUCACAGGAAAGAAAAUAAUAUAUGGUGCCGUAGUCGACAGCUCUAGCUUUUGAAGCGUCCUGAAGCUCCUAACUUUGACUGAACUUUGAAACUCAGUAUGGCUUGUAGUGUUAGAAAUAAGUAUAUAUAUAAAACACAACAACAAAAAAAAACAAACAAACAAAAAACAAAAAAAAAAAAACCUUUUUGUCCCGAUGAUCAA